UCCCCCCGCCUGUCCCCCCAUGUGUUGCGCUCGCACAGAGCCCCGUGACGUCACGCAGGGCUGGUCCUGCGUUUAUUAGCCCGGGAGCCCAGCGCCAGGGUGCGAGAGCUCCACACUGCAGCUCUGUCCGGCCCGCUGCGGAGUGGGGGGGUCCCGCUAACUUCACCGAAGAGUCCGAUCAGAGGAGCUCCUGCGUGAGAAACGUCACUGCUGCUCCCCCCGGAGGCCUCCUGGAUCAGAGCUGACCCGGUCCCGCCGCUGCGUGAUGGCCGUGCCGCCCCCCGCCCUGCUGCUCGUGGGGUUCGUCCUGGCCUCAGCUGACAGGACCCUGAGAACAGCAGGCAGAGAAGACCAGCUGAGGAGUCGCCUGAAGGAGUACGGUCUGAUCACGCCCUUCAGCACGGACUCCCGUGGUCACUUCCUGUCACACCUGCUGUCAGCAAAACACAAGCAGCGCGUCAAGAGGGAGGCGCCAGCCCCCGGCGAGUCUGAGCAGAGUCUCUUUUUCAACAUCACUGCCUUUGGCAAGGAGUUCCACCUCCGCCUGCGUCCCAACACCAGGCUGGUAGCGCCUGGCGCCAUGGUGGAGUGGCACGAUAAGGUUGAAGGCUUUUCCAACGCGAGCGAUGCUGCUGGGGUUUAUUCUGGCAUCGGGACCAAUCAGAUGGAGUUUGCAAACGGGACUGAGAGGAUACUGCGGCGCGAGUUCCUGAAAACAGACUGUAACUUCGUGGGUGACAUCACAGACAUGCCGGGGGCCUCGGUUGCCAUCAACAACUGUGACGGAUUGGCCGGCAUGAUCCGCACAGAUUCGGACGAGUACUUCAUCGAGCCGCUGGAGAAGGACACUCAGGAGCUGGAGGACCAGGGCCGGGUCCACGUGGUCUACCGCCGCUCGGCCGUGCUGCGGGCCGCCUCUGAGGCGUCCGUGGAUUUCCAGCUCCGAGAACAAGAACUGGACGUUUCCAGAACCCUGGACUCCAUCAGCCAGCGCAUCAACGAGACAGCGCACCGCCGCCGGCGCGACGCCGGAGAAGACGACUACAACAUUGAGAUUCUGCUGGGAGUUGACGACUCGGUGGUUCGAUUCCACGGAAAAGAGCACGUGCAGAAUUACCUCCUCACUCUGAUGAACAUAGUGAAUGAGAUCUACCACGAUGAGUCUCUGGGGGUCCACAUCAACGUGGUUCUGGUGAGGAUGAUCAUGCUGGGCUACGCUAAGUCCAUCAGCCUGAUUGAAAGAGGAAACCCGUCUCGGAGUCUGGAGAACGUCUGCCGCUGGGCUUUUGUGCAGCAGAAAGGCGACUCUAAUCACGCCGAACACCACGACCACGCCAUUUUCCUGACCCGCCAAGGCUUCGGCCCCACAGGCAUGCAGGGCUACGCUCCGGUCACCGGAAUGUGUCACCCAGUCCGGAGCUGCACCCUCAACCACGAAGACGGCUUCUCCUCGGCGUUCGUCGUGGCUCACGAGACCGGACACGUGCUGGGCAUGGAGCACGACGGCCAGGGGAACCGCUGCGGCGAUGAGACGGCCAUGGGGAGCGUGAUGGCUCCUCUGGUGCAGGCGGCCUUCCAUCGAUACCACUGGUCCAUGUGCAGCGGCCAGGAGCUGAGGAGAUACAUCCACACAUACGACUGUCUGCUGGACGACCCUUUCAACCACGACUGGCCGCAGCUGCCUGAGCUUCCUGGCAUCAACUACUCCAUGGAUGAGCAGUGCCGCUUCGAUUUCGGUGUUGGCUACAAGAUCUGCACGUCGUUUCGAACCUUUGACCCGUGCAAACAGCUGUGGUGCAGUCACCCGGACAACCCGUACUUCUGCAAAACCAAGAAGGGGCCGCCGCUGGACGGGACCGAGUGCGCUCCGGGAAAAUGGUGCUACAAAGGUCACUGCAUGUGGAAAAACCCAAAUCAGGUCAAGCAGGACGGCGCCUGGGGCUCCUGGAGCAAACACGGCUCCUGUUCGCGCUCCUGUGGGACCGGAGUUCGUUUCCGGACGCGGCAGUGCAGCAGCCCUGCUCCGUCCAACGGCGGCCAGGACUGCCCGGGCGUGAACUACGAGUAUCAGCUGUGCAGCACCAACGACUGUCCCAAACACUUUGAGGAUUUCCGCGCCCAGCAGUGCCAACACCGCAACCCCCACUUUGAGUUCCAGGGCGCCCGGCAUCACUGGCUGCCCUACGAGCACCCUGACGCCACCAAAAGGUGCCACCUGUACUGUCAGUCAAAGGAGACGGGAGACGUGGCGUACAUGAAGCAGCUGGUGCAUGAUGGGACGCGAUGCUCCUACAAGGACGCCUACAGCAUCUGCGUACGGGGUGAAUGUGUGAAAGUCGGCUGCGACAGAGAAAUCGGUUCCAUCAAGGUUGAAGAUAAAUGUGGAGUUUGUGGAGGAGACAACUCCCACUGUCGAACCGUGAAAGGAACCUUCACCCGGACGCCAAAGAAAGCCGGGAAGACCAGAGGAGCCUUUUCUUUACCCAAAGGAGCUCGAAACGUGGCUUUGAAUGAAACGGAGGAUUCUAGAAAUGUGCUGGGUUUCCUUAAGAUGUUUCUGGUUCCUCUUGGAGCUAGACAUGUGGUCCUCCAGGAGCUGGAGAGCUCCCUGCACCUCGUGGCCGUCAAGAACCAGGCGACCGGGCAUUACAUCCUGAACGGGAGGAGCGAGGAGAUGAAGACGAGGAGCUUCAUCGACCUGGGCGUGGAGUGGCACUACAUGAUUGAAGGAGACGUGGAGACGCUGCACACUGAUGGGCCGCUGCAUGACCCGGUGGUGGUUCUGAUCAUACCGAAAGACAACGAGACUCGCUCCACCUUAAUGUACAAGUACGUCAUUCACGAGGACUCUGUGCCGGUCCACAACAACAAUGUGAUCCAGGAGGAGACGUAUGAGUGGGCUCUGAAGAACUGGUCGCCCUGCUCCAAGCCCUGCUCUGGAGGCUUCCAGCAGACCAAGUAUGGGUGUCGGAAGAAGGGAGACACAAAAAUGAUCCAUCGAGGUUUCUGUGACGCCAACAAGAAGCCGAAGCCCAUCCGGCGGAUGUGUAACCUUCAGGACUGCACGCAGCCUCAGUGGGUCUCAGACGAGUGGGAGCACUGCACCAAAACCUGCGGCAGCCUGGGCUUCCAGAUCCGGACGGUCCGCUGCUUGCAGCUCUUCCACGACGGCACCAACCGCUCCAUCCACAGCAAAUACUGCAGCAACGAGAAGCCGGAGAGCCGCAGGCCCUGCAACCGCACACCCUGCCCCUCGCAGUGGAGGACGGGGGCGUGGUCUGAGUGCUCCGUGACGUGUGGAGAGGGGACGGAAAGGCGACUGGUCACCUGCAGGAUGGGAGAUCAGUGUUUCGGAGAGAAACCGGAGACGGUGCGGCUGUGUAGACCUGGAUCCUGCUACGAUGGGCCGUGUCAUGGAGACAAAUCCAUCUUCUGCCAGAUGGAGGUUCUGGCCCGGUACUGUUCCAUUCCUGGCUACAACAAGCUGUGCUGCGACUCCUGCAGGAGGCGCAGCGGCGUCCUGUCCCUGUUCUCCGAGGCGGCAGAGACGGAGGAGCACGUCCGGUUCGGCUCCGCCUCCCAGCUGUUGGAGACUCUGACGGCGCCCGGCAAAGCUGGCAGAGCCAAACAAAGUUCGGGGAAAAGACCGAGCGCUGUGGCAGCGAAACACAUCCCCACGCCGGUGCCGCAGAAGGAAAGCCCGACCAAGGUCAGCGGCGUGCUGCGCAGGCUCCCCAGACAUUCAGAUGUUCAGAGGAGGGGCGUGGCCACGGCGCCACCUCUCACAGCAGAUCCCAAAGGUCAAAGGUCUCGAUGUUUAGAUCCUGGCGUGGAGAGAUGAGGCCGGCGCUCGUCUCUGCAGGACUCUUCCAGCUCCAGCCUGAGACGUCCCACACCAACACGGCGACAGAAAAGUGCUGGUUCACUUUGGAGAACUGCAACACGGCGCCGAACACUGGCGCUCAAAAACGAACGGGGAAAAUCCCACCAACAUCCAGGCCAGACAGCGGGAAGAAACGGCGAGGAACCACAUCACCAAAGAAGAACUCAUCACUUCCUCAGCAGAGACCUGCAGGUCCAACCGACGCUUCUCCUCCACGAGUCCAGAAGAGCCACUUCUGAUGACAGAACCCGAACCAGCUCAGUGACGGCUCCAACAUGUCAAAGAUCAAACCUUCAUCCUCCUCAACUCCUCCACUAAUUCAGUCUGACUCUAAUCUGCAGACAAACGGCGUCAGCGGGAAACGUUGGCGCCGCCUCCUCCCGUUCUGACAUCAAAGGUUUAGCCUGGAAUCCUAUUGGGCUUUAAAUGAUGCAAAUGACCGUCAUGGCGCUGACACCUUUUCCUUUACAUCUGCGUGGAGCCAGACCCCCAUCGCUUUUGCAGGACCCUGCAGCUGUUCCUCUCAGAGCUUUUUAGUGUUUGAACGUUUUCUAAAGGCAGCAACAGCUACGGCAAAGGCUGAGGGACAUUCUCACAGCUCCUGGUCUGCAGACCUUUUGGAGACACUUUUUACGGGUUUUUGUCCACAUUUGCAAUUUUUAAAGUUAAGGAAAAUAAAAAUAUUCUCAUGGUUCUAUUAAAUAAACAAAUUAAUUUGAUUUUUUAUGGGCAGAGCAUGAACAACUGAAGUGUUUUUUAAUGGAUUCAGGAUUGAAAGUUGAAAUUCUCCAGAGGUUUCCAUUGGGAAUUCAGAAUCUUCUUGGUCUUUUCCUCCUCCUCAUGUGGAGCUUCCUCCUGUCAGCUGUUCGCCGUGGCUGCGUCUCGGUGCUUCCUCUCUGGAGGCGUGGCUUCCUUCUAAGGGUUUCCUCACAACCACCAUGCAUCCGACUGCAAAACACAGUCCAGCGUUUUGGGCCAAGCAAAGACGCCUUCACUCUUUCUUCUGUGUACAGAUGGUGUAAAUAGCACAAGAGUGCCUGGAUAUUUAUUGAAACUCACCUGUUCCAGCCCCCACCCCACCCCCCACCCCGCCGCCUGUUUCCUCCAUGGACUUCAGCUGACCAUGGUUUUUAGAUGGACAUGCUGUCAGAAGCUGGAGGAGGGUCUGGGGCUGCUCCACCUCUCCUCCGCCCGUCAGAGCUGGCUGCUGAACUCUAGAGAGCUGUAGCUGUAAAUGUCGUAGACGUAGAUGUUCCGAAGACAAUCCCUGAGCUGCAGACCGAUGGAUGGCGUAGCGUCCCGGCGUGCUGGACUGACGGCGAGUCGCUCUCUGCUCUCUGCUUGGUAUUUGUGUAGAUGACAGUGUACUACUGAUGCUGUUUGUGGUUCUGGGGAGCACAUAGAAAUAAAGACUCUGAUGGACGCC